GAGAGAGAGAGAGAGAGAGAGAGAGAGAGAGAGAGAGAGAGAGAGUCCUUGAAUAAUCAGAGCUAUUUAGUGCCUUCAUUUAUCUUGUGCUUCAAGUCUGAAUGAACGACGUCACCACCUGAUUUCCUUGGGAGAUUUGAUGCACCGUAAAAAAAAAAAAAAAAAAAAAAAAAAGAACUCUCCUUAUUUUUCCGUAUUUCCAUAUUUCAUGGGACCUUUGAAGCAGAUGAAGUCCUAUCCUUAACUCGCCUAAGCCAAAUCAAGUAAAUCGGACAUGGUGGAACACUUGCCCUUCUCGAACACCUGUUCACUACUGAACACCUGACCAGAUACAUUUACUAUUUCAAUGAUGGUGAGCACGAAAUAACGAUCGUCCGAACUAACACUAGUCUUAACCUUCCACACAGGAUAUCAACACGCUCCUCGUCACUUACUGACGGCUUCAAUGGAUCAAGCAACUUCAGAAGUACUACAUCUCCAGCAGGGAAGAGUGAACCUCAGCUUUGAGAAUGACGACGUCAAGAAGCACAAGGAGCAGCCAGUGCCGCCAGGAGAGCAUCAGAAGUCAUCGCCACAGCAAGAGGGAACAGCUGAGGAGAGAGAACAGCCGCAGCGACAACAGUGGAGCAACAAACGGGAGUUCCUGCUGUCAUGUAUCUCUAUGUGUGUCGGUGUCGGCAAUGUGUGGCGGUUUGCGUUCGUGGCCUUAGAGAAUGGCGGGGGAGCGUUCCUCGUCCCCUAUCUGGUGGUGUUGGUGCUUAUCGGCAAGCCCUUGUACUACUUGGAGUUUAUUCUGGGCCAGUUCCCCUCGGCUGGUCCCGUCGAUAUGUGGGCCAUCUGUCCUGCCUUCCAAGGUAUUGGUUAUGGGCAGGCCUUCUCCACCUGGGCAGUGUCGACAUUCUACGUGUCGUUGAUGGCGUUGUGUUUGUUCUACUUUUUCGCCUCCUUCAGUAGCGUGUUGCCCUGGGCUGUGUGUGGCCCCUGGGCAAGCAGUGGCUGUGUGCCAGUGUACCCCAAUGCUACGCUCCCCGAGGGACAAGAAACAAUAUCGUCUGCUGAGGAGUACCUGGUGAAGGAAGUGCUCAAGGUGGAUCCCGAAGGUUUCCAAAACGGCAUUGGUCUCCCUGACUGGCGCCUUACCUUGUGUCUAUUAUUGUCAUGGAUGCUGAUCUUCAUGGCGCAGAUGAAGGGAAUCAAGAGUUCUGGGAAGACGGCCUACUUCACCGCCCUUUUCCCUUACGCGGUGCUCCUGACGCUGUUCAUUCGGGGAGUGACGCUGCCAGGAUCACUCAAGGGAAUUCUUUUUUUUCUUACCCCUCACUGGGAAGAGCUACUUACUCCAAAGGUGUGGUUCGCUGCUGUGAAUCAAGCUUUUUUCAGCCUCAGCAUUGGGUUCGGCGUAGUGAAUACCUUUGCCUCUUACAACAACUUUCGCAACAACGUGUACCUAGAUGCCACCAUCAUCUCCUACACUGACGCCUUCACCUCAGUAUUUGCCGGCAUCACCACCUUCAGUAUCGUAGGCCACCUGGCGGACCAGAUGGGCGUGGAGGUGUCCCAGGUGGUUCGCGGAGGCGGCAUGUCCCUCGCCUUCAUCAGCUACCCAGAUGCCCUGGCCAGGUUCACCUUCUUGCCUCAGUUCUUCUCAGUUAUGUUUUUCUUGAUGAUGUUCACACUGGGUGUGGGCAGCGCUGUCGCUUACAACACUGCCAUCAUCACCAUCAUCAGCGACAGAUUCCCGGGCCUUCCUGUGUGGCGGAUAACACUUGGGGUGUGUGUGGUGGGUUUUCUGGUGGGACUGAUCUACACCACACCCCAAGGACAGUAUGUUCUCGUCCUCGUUGACUACUACAGCGGCGGUGUGUCCAUCCUCUUCCUCAUGAUGCUGGAGACAAUGGCCGUCAUGUGGGUGUAUGGGCUCCAGCGAUUCAUCCGGGACAUCCACUUCAUGCUAGACCGCUCAACAGGACUCUUCUGGCGGCUGUGUUGGGGCGUUUUUAACCCUAUUUUCCUGGCUGUGGUGUUUGUCUACAGUCAGAUACAGCAUCAGGGCCUCACCUACGGCACCUACGUCUUCGACGGCAUCGCCACCGGUGUGGCUUCGAUUCUGGCGGUGACGGCAGGGGGUCUGGUGCCUCUGAUGUUCCUGAAGGAGGUGAUUAAGAGGUAUGAUACCUCCAAGGGGCUGCGGCGUGCCUUAAUCGACGUCUUCAGCGCCACGUCAGAAUGGAGCCCCAAGGACCCUGCCCUGCGACAGGAGUACCAUAACCUGCAGGCGACAGAGAACAAGGCAACUGAGCGGCGGCUCUCUGAUUAAGAAAUGCUUGUAUUUCUGCACUUAGCUCAACAAUUAUGCAGGUUAGAUGAGAUUUGUUUAUAUCCAUGGAUGAAGCAGUGUUUGUUCAAGUACAACACAGUUUUCAAUCUCGAUAGGAUUAAAAAUAAAUAAACUACGGCAAAUAUAAGGUAAGGAUUCUGAUUUUAUAGUUUAUGCACCACUUAUAAUCACUACGUCCAGCCAUUAUGAGGUUAUGCUUAUAAUAAAACAUGCCUUUUCGGACAUAAAAUACUCCUGAAUAUGAUGGUACUUUCAGAUUUUGCAAUAAAAGUUAUAUAAAGUAGGAAAGGAUAGAUUUCUAUGAGUAUCUUGGGUGUCGCCUUGCAUUUUCUAGUGUCACCCAGAAAGCAGUAAGGAGGAGGUGGGUCGCGUAGUGCGUCAUUCGGCAGUGAGGUGGAUAAUGCUCAGAUCGUUAGAGUCUCGCUCCUCAGGCCAAGCGUGCCUAAGUCCUUAAGACUAUAGGACGUUUAUGCCCAAAGAGGUUUAAACCUCUUUGUAUAGAGCACGGGUGUCUCUAGACUCAGAUGUCUUGACUGCAGGCUUAAUGAAGAGGUCAUGCGAAUCCACAAACACCAGUAUAAUAUAUGUAGGAAGUAGGCACUAUUUAUCCAUGGAGUCAUACCUUCUGUGUUCAAAACUUGGGAUAAAUUCUCUGGGCGCCUGAUCUACUAUCCAGCACACACACACACACACACACACACACACACACACACACACACACACACACACACAUAAGAAAUAAGGGAAGCUGCAAGAAGCGGCCAGGCUUACACGUGGCAGUCCCUGUAUGAAACACACCUAUCUAUUUCCAUCUGCUAUCCUCAUCCAUAAACUUGUCUAAUCUUCUCUUAAAGCUCUCUAGUGUCCUAGCACUAACUACAUGAUUACUGAGUCCGUUCCACUCAUCUACCACUCUAUUUGAGAACCAAUUUUUUCCUAUCUCCUUCCUAAACCUAAAUUUUUCAAGCUUGAACCCGUUAUUUCUUGUUCUACCCUGGUUGCUGAUCCUAAGAAUUUUGCUUACAUCUCCCUUGUUAUAACCCUUAUACCACUUAAAGACUUCUAUCAGGUCCCCUCUUAACCUACGUCUCUCUAAAGAAUGUAAAUUUAACAGCUUCAACCUCGCCUCGUAAGGGAUACUCCUCAUCCCCUGUAUCCUUUUAGUCAUUCUCCUCUGUACUGAUUCUAAUAGACCUAUAUCUUUCCUGUAAUGUGGGGACCAGAACUGCACCGCGUAGUCUAGAUGAGGUCUGACCAGCGCCAAGUAUAGCUUUAAUAUUACUCCCGGUCUUCUACUUUUAACACUCCUAAAAAUGAAUCCUAGUACCGUAUUUGCCUUGUUUCUGGCUUCUAUGCAUUGUUUCCCUAGACGGAGUUCAGAGUUAACUAUAACUCCUAAAUCUUUCUCGUACCCUGUACCUACCAGAGUUUGGUUGUCUAAUGUGUACCUAUUGUGUGGGUUUCCUCUACCUACGCUAAGCACUUUGCAUUUAUUGAUAUUAAAUUGCAUUUGCCAUCUAUCCGUCCAUUCAUUCAUUCUAUCUAAGUCUGCCUGCAAGGCGAUGGCAUCCGAUUCUGACCUAAUUAAUCUACCUAUCUUUGUGUCAUCCGCAAAUUUACUAACAUCACUACUAAUUCCACUAUCCAAGUCAUUGAUAUACAUUAGAAAUAACAAUGGCCCUAAUACUGAUCCCUGUGGCACCCCACUAAUUACAUGACCCCACUCGGAUUUCGAGCCGUUUAUUACCACUCUCUGUCGCCUGUCACUAAGCCAUGACCCUAUCCAGCCUAACGCCUUCCCAUCUAUCCCGUGUGCCCUAACCUUUCUCAGGAGCCUUUGAUGGGGUACCUUGUCAAAUGCUUUACUAAAGUCCAGAUAUAAGAUAUCAUAACUAUCACCAUUAUCUACUGCCUCGUACACCUUACUGUAAAAACUUAACAAGUUUGUCAGGCAAGACUUCCCCUUCGUGAAGCCAUGCUGUGACUGAUUUAUCAAGUUAUGUUUGUCUAAAUGUUCCCUAAUGUUCCUCGCUAUUAUUGACUCUAACAUUUUACCUACAACUGAAGUCUAUAAUUAGACGCUAAAGUUUUAUCUCCUUUCUUAAAGAUGGGUACUACAUUAGCCUGCCUCCACAUUACUGGUACCUCACCCGACUCCAGUGAUUUCCUAAAGACAGAAACUAACGGCUCACUAAUAAUCUCUUUACAUUCCUUAAGUACUCUGGGGUAUAUUUCAUCAGGUCCUGGUGACUUGAACUUUUUUAGCCUAUCUAUCUCCUGUUCCACUAUCUCCCUAGUUAUGGAAAUAUCUGUCAGCUUCUCAUUCUCAUCUGCUCUAAACACCUGUUCACUAUCUGGCAUAUCCUGCAUGUUUUCCUGGGUGAAGACAGUUAAAAAAUAAUCAUUCAGAAGUUUACUAAUCUUCUCCCCAGAACUAACCAGCUCCCCAUCUGCUGCCUUUAAUGGACCUACAGUAUCCUUAUUCUUCGUCCUGUAUACCUGAUAAAAUCCCUUGGGGUCCGUCUUCGCCUGGCUGGCUACCUUUCAUUCAUACACACAUACACACACACACACACACACACACACACACACACACACACACACACACACACACACACACACACACACACACACACACACACACAUAGAUAGAUAGAUUAAUAGAUUUAUUGACCACAGCAUAUAUUAUACAUAAUAUCAAAUCAUGAACAUUUUGUAGCAAAGCUGUAGCCAACAAGAAAGUAUUCAAAUAACAAUGAAUACGCUAAUCAGAGGCAGAUCAAAUAAGUGCGUAGGAUAGUUUUACAAAUUACAUAACAAAAUUGUAUUUAAGGAAAAACAUAAGUAAAACAAGGUGAAGAACUUAAAAGCUUUAACAGAAAAAUUAUUGAAUUUUGUAAAAACUCUAAAAGUUACCUGAAACAUAUAAUGUCACACCAAAAUUAAAACACUACUAAGAUAGGGAUACUAAUGUAAAACUGUAAAGGAAACUUUGAAACUAUUAAAUCUUUAUGAAAAUCCUCGAAAUAAAAUUAAAACAUAAAAUGCAAUACCAAAGCUAAAACACGACUAAAAUAGGGACAUAAAAAGUUGAGUUGUUAACACAUAAACUCACGCAGUACACUACAAAGAAACAGACCAAUCAAGACUAAAAAUACCUCAGUCAGCACUUAUACAUGCGAAUUAAAAGUAAAAACUAUUAUGCACACCUAACAGAAGAUAAAAAAAAAAAAGUCAACCACCAAGAUAAAAACAAAAAAAAAACUAUAAUAUUCAAAACAUUAAAAUACGAAAAUUGUAGAAACUUGAAAUAUUAUGAGUGUUAAUUAACAUAGUUCACACCAUGGCUCUUUAUCAAUAAAGCAACUGACCAUAUUUUUUAUAGAGCGGUACCGGAACAUUAUACCCUAACGAUGUUACAUCCUACACGUAAGGUAAUGAGAAUGUCAUGGAUGUUUUUAUAGGUUGUAUCAUACAAAUAACGAUCUGCGAAAAGUGUUCUUAAAGUCGUACAGCACAUGACACUGGACAUUCCUCCACAACGUGUCUUUCAGUCUGUACGUGGCAAUACACACACACACACACACACACACACACACUCAUGCACUUAUAUAGGGAGUAACAAUAAUAUAUAAAAAAUAAUAGUUACACAAAAUAAUAGUGGGAGAGUUAUACCAAUACAUAUAUUCAUGGAUACAUGCCUACAUUUGUACGAGAACGUAUUCAUACCAACAUAUUUAUAAGCAUAAAAGCAACACACAUACUUGCCUUUCCAUACAUACAUGCACACACACAUACAUAUAAACACAUACAUGUUUAUUUAUACGGAUAUACAUGUACAGUGCAUACAUAACAUACAUCCAUCCACACAGUACAUAACAAAGGACACACGUCACGAGUAUAUUACCCAGGAUCUGUCGUAAUUUUACUCAGAUUUUUUUUUUUUUCUGUAGCUGUUUGGUUGUCCUUUGGAAUUCUUUGUAUUUAUUUGUAUUCCUUCUCCUCCUCCUCCACCUCAAUCUCCCUUCCUGCCUCUUCCACCUCUCCUUCCUCCUCCUCCUCCUUCUCCUCUUCCUCCCAGCCGCAUCCUACGUGAGGUGAGGGUUCCUGAUUGAUCAAAUAGAAAUAGAAUAAAUUAAUCAGGGAAUGAGAGUCUCUGGGCGCGUGGGUUCUUAUGAUAAGCUUAUGACAGCGAUCAGUGUACGACCCACUCUUGAUCGUACACUGGCGUUCGUACUCUAGCUUUCUCAUCAUUCUUACUACGUUCUUUUUACUAUUUUCUUCAUCUUAUGUUGCUUUAUCUCGCUGCACAUUACAGUAGUUCAUCAUGCAUUCUUGUGCACAAACUCACAACACUCGUCCGUGAAAACCAGAAAAAUAUCGGAGGCGACGAUAUUAAAUUUAAUGGAAUGGAGACGGAACUGACACGGAGAGUUAAAACACAACACUGCGCCAGACGUGUGAAUGCAUCAGCCAGAUUCAGAGUACCGAUUUUUAUUUAUUUAUUUAUUUAUUUUUUCACUGGCACUGAAACAUUGAGUGGACACGGCACUGAUAAGUCACUGAUGUGUGUGAAGGUUAAGCACGGCUCCAGACUUAACUUCUCAGCAUCAUAAGCAUAAAGUUCAGCACAAUUUGUGAAGUUAAGUACGAUACGAAGCAUAACGUUUGUACUGACCCCUAUCUCUCUACUUAAUCAUUUUUGUUAAUAGAUAACUAAGGAAAUGUGUGUGUGUCUGUGUGUGUGUGUCUGUGUGUGUGCGUGUGUGUUUGUGUGUGUGUGUGUUUAUGGAUGGGUGGGUGGAUAUGGGUGACUGGGUGUGGAUGAAUUGGUGGAUGGAUGGAUGUUCGUAAGUGGAUGGGUGGACUGACUGAUGAGUAGGUGGACAGUGGAUGGAUAUGAUUAGGAUGGAUGGAUGGAUGGGCGGGUGUGGAUUAGUAGGUAGAUGGAUGUGGAUGAGUGGAUGGAUGAAAAAGUGGAUAGUUGGAUGGGUGUGUGGAUGGGUGAAUGGAUGGGUGAAUGGUGAAAGGAUGAUUGUGAGUUGGUGUAUGGGUGGAUGGGCUAGUGAGUGUAAACUGUAAACGUAUGAGUGGACUUUUUAUUUGUUUAUUUACUUUUUUUUAUUUAUUUUUUUUAUUAAUUAUUCUAUGUAUUUAUUUUUAUUUUUUUUAUUUAUUUUUAUUUAUCAUUUCUUUUUCUUUAGAUUAUUUUUGUACUUCCAAGUUAAAAUUUUUGUUUGGCAAUUAUCCUCCUUGUCUGGCAGUGUCACUUGAGCGAUGAAAAUUAUUAUGUAAGGUGUGAGAUCAUGCAAGAACUAUAAUAUAGGAGUAUAUAAGGCGCCCACGGCACAGUGUGUGCUCAGAACAGAUCUUUUCUCCAUCACUCCGCCGCUCCGAAGGUUUGCAGGAUACCGCAAGAUACUACGGUCUCCAUCACACCAGAUAAUUAUCGGAGCAAUACUCCACUGUUUUUACUGCGAAGAUCCCGUUGGAAAGGCUGAUGAUGAAAUCAGAGGAACAAUAUAAAAAGGAUCCAUGAGAGAGAGAGAGAGAGAGAGAGAGAGAGAGAGAGAGAGAGUCCUUGAAUAUGUAGGAGUACAUAGAUACACCAUUAGAAGUUCGAGAUAGGUUCCAGUAAUGCGGUUUACACCUCUUUGGGUACUGCCACGGUCUCGGUCAUUCGGCUGACUGGACGCCUACCUAAAACACCACACACUCACGCCUGCAAUGGUUUUCCUUUAUUGUGAUUUAAGCACCACCUGGAGUUUGGGUAAGCACUUUGUAUUAUGAUGGUAUUGUGAUUAUGAUGUAUUGUGAAUGAUAUAUUUAUUUAGUAUUAACUUUGAUGAACAUGUAAGUGUAUGUGAUUACAGUUAAAAGUAUUUGGGUGAUCUUGUUAAGUACUUAUUGUGAAUGUACCUUGUUGGUGAUAUUUGAUAGAAACAUGAUUUUCUAUGGAGUUGGAUUAGUAUAACAUUUCCAGACCAUGUUUAUAUUAUAACUUGUGAUGUGUCCGCUAAAUUCGUGUAGGAUUUCGUAUUCACUUAAUUGGUUGUUGGCAGGCCUCUGUUGUUGUAUAUUUGCUGUGACCGUGUCAGAGGAAUCUAACUGCGCCUGUGAACAGCGCCCGCAAAUAAACUCACGGCACCUG